UUCUCCUGAUCAAACAGGCAAACAGGGGGCACCUUCCAGACGCCGCGGGAUUAAAAAAAAAAUUCUCACCGCGCCAUCGCAUCGACGCAUCCCCUGUCGCAUCGAAUCCUUUCGUUUCCUGUUUUCUUUUGCCUUUCUUAUCCCUGGCGAUUUAUGCCAUCACAUCUGGCGCUGCUGUCGUGCCUGCUGGUGCUGCUCCUCUCGCUCGACAAGUUCCUCCUCCACUACCUCAAGAAGCGCCUCUUCUCCGGCCCGAGGAUCCCGAGCGGCACCUCCAAAUCGCGGCGGCCCAUGGCGGCGGCCGCCAAGUGGAGCGAGACGGCCAUGCUCGUCAUCGACAUGCAGAAGGACUUCGUGGACCCGGCGAUGCGCAGCCCCAUGCUGGUGGCCGGCGGCGAGGCCGUCGUCCCCGCCGUCGCCGAGGCCGUGGCCGUCGCGAGGGAGCGCGGCAUCUUCCUCGUCUGGGUUGUCAGAGAGCAUGACCCUUCUGGAAGGGAUGUUGAACUUUUUCGCAGGCACCACUAUUCUGGGGGGAAGGGUCCAACCGUGAAAGGUUUGAAAGGUGCAGAGCUGGCUGAUGGGCUUGUUAUCAAGGAGGGGGAGUAUAAGUUGGUGAAGACAAGGUUCAGUGCUUUCUUUGCGACACACCUUGAUUCUGUCCUCAAAACUGCUGGAAUAAAGAACUUGGUUAUUGUUGGAGUUCAAACACCAAAUUGCAUCCGGCAGACUGUCUUUGAUGCUGUAGCACUAGACUACGAGAAAGUAACAGUUCUUAUUGAUGCAACAGCUGCUGCAAGGCCAGAAAUCCAUUUGUCAAAUAUCAGGGAUAUGAAGAACAUCGGAGUGGAGACGCCAACCCUGGAAGAAUGGCGCCGCUAGGCUCACUGUCUCUCACUCCACUCUGUCUCUCGGCACCAAAGAGAGGGCCGUCCCCUGUUGUACGAGAUGCAACACCUACCUCUUCUAAUAUUUGGUUUUCGACUUCAUUUACAUCUGACUCUGUAGUUGUAGUGUUACUCUGUCAGGUAAGAACAACUCCAGAUGCUGCCAUGUAUGCAAACUUAUAAUCCCUGUGUAAAGAUAGAGCUUAUCACGCCAUGUGGUCGAUGGCCACUUAAUCUGUGCGAAACGCAGGUGAUGGAACAGGGAGUCUGUUAGUCCCCAAAA